GGGCUGCAUUUCCCCUGCCGAUCGUCCUGCUCUGCCCUCCCCCGGGGCUGGCUCUGCCUGGCGCUGGCCGGACGUGCCGGGGCUCCUCACUGAGCAAAGCCCUUGCCAAAGUUGAGGGGCAAGUGCAGAGCCCGGCUGGCCUGGGAGGAAGCGACAGCAGCGCGGGCCGAGCGGGCGGGAUGGGGUCCGAGCAGCGGCGGGAAGUUGCAAACUUGGCAGCCAAGAAGUUGAACUAAAGUGAAGCAGCUCCAAAAGGCCGUGGUCUUGGCGUGGGGGCGGGAGGAAGGGGAGCUCCGUGACUGCGGCCGGGGCUGGUUGGGAGCGGAGCGGCCGGGGCUGCCCCCGGGGCUCGCGGGGGCCAACGGGGAACGGACAAACGGACCAACGGACCAACGGCCCCUGCGCUUCGGCAGCAGCAGCGGCGGCAGCAGCGACUGUAGCGACGCGCUCUCGCUGUGACUCUUGUUCGUGCUCUCCUUGCUCGAGCUCUUCGUCCUCCUCUCCCUCUCCCGGUGUCCCGCUGUCCCAGUGUCCCUGUGCCGGUGUCCCUGUGCCAGUGUCCCACUCCCGCUGUCCCUGUCCCAUUGCCGGUGUCCCUGUGCCAGUGUCCCACUCCCGCGGUCCCUGUCCCAUUGCCGGUGUCCCCCUCCCCUUGCCGGCCCGGCCCAUGGCCCCGGCCGUUCCCCUGUGCCGGGCGGGGCCGCCCCGUCCCCGGCCCUGGGCGGCCCGGCGCGGUCUCGCCCUCGCCCGGCUCCCGGCGCGCCGGCUGUGGCGCUGCUGGGCGCUCCUGUGGGGCUGGCUGUGGGACGGGCUCGGCCUCGCCGCCCCUUGGCUCCGCCUGGCUCGAGCCCGGCGCCUGCCGGGGCCGGCGGGGGCCGCGGGCGCCGCGGCCGCUGCCGCCUCCUCGGCGGCUUCCCCGGCCAGAGCUCCGCCGCUCGCCAGCCCGGCCGCCGGCAGCGAGCCGCCGCUGCCCGCUGCGGCUGGGGAAGCCCGGCCCGGGCCGCUUGAGGGGCGCUCGGGGGCCGUGCCGGGCCCCGGCCCCAGCGCUGACGGCCACGUCUCGCCCACACCGAAGGCCAAGGAGCCGCUGCACGAGCGCUACCGGCUGCAUUCGCUGCUGGGCAGCGGCGGCUUCGGCCGCGUCUACGCGGGGACCUGCCUGGCGGACGGAGCCCCGGUGGCCAUCAAAGCCGUGUCCCGGGAUGGCAUCCGGCGCUGGGGCGAGCUGCCCGACGGCACCCGGGCCCCCCUGGAGAUCGUGCUGCUGGACAAGGUGUCCAAUGGCUUCCCUGGGGUCAUCCAGCUCCUGGAGUGGUUCGAGCUCCCCAACGGGUUCCUGUUGGUGAUGGAGCAUCCGGAGCCGUCUCAGGACCUCUCUCGCUUACUGAGGGCGUGGGGGUUCCUGCCGGAGGAGAUGGCGUGGGGGCUGUUCCGCCAGGUGCUGCAGGCCGUGCGGCACUGCACCAGCUGCGGUGUCCUGCACCGGGACAUCAAGCCCCAGAACAUCCUCCUCCACCUGGCCACCGGCGAGGCCAAGCUCCUUGACUUUGGAUGUGGCACCUUCCUUAAGGACACGGUCUACACCCAGUUUGCAGGUGAGCCCACAGCCGGGGGAUGCUCCUGGUGCCGGGCACUGCAUGGCCAUGCCCGGGUGUGGCACCGGAGAUUGCCCCUUUGGCCGAGGGGGAACAGGAUUAGUUCUUCAGCCAAGUUGCUUUUGGAUGGGGCUGGGGGGUUACUGGCUUCCGCUGCCCUCUUGGACACCAGCGGCUUCUUCUCCAACCCAGAGUUUGUAACCAAGAGAACACUGUCAUACAGCCCGCCAGAGUGGAUCUACCUCAAGCGCUACCACGGCGAGGAGGCGACCAUCUGGUCCCUGGGCAUCCUGCUCUACCAGAUGGUCUGCGGGAAGCACCCUUUCCGCAAAGGCCCCAACACCAUCUGGGACCAGCUCCCGUUCCCAGCACGGGCUGCCAGCACCUGA